AUGUCAGCCAACGAGAAUUAAGAUUAAAAAGCCAAGUAGGAAUAAGUACCUUAGGGUGAAGAGAAAGUUAAUUCAGAUCCUACCAAUAAUAUUAAUAAUAAUAAUAAUUAGGAAAGUUUAACUAUUUCAAAGCUUUUCGCUGACUCUCCUGCGGGUAAAAAAAGUGAUUUGUUUCAUGGAGGUUAAAGCGGGAAUUCAAUGGGAUUUUACUCUUACGUAAGAGAAAAUUUGCAUUUAACUCCAUAAAAUCUAAACAACUCUAUCAAUACAAAUGAUAUAAAGCUAAAUCGUCCUCCUAUGUUGAGCAUUUGGUCUGAUAAUGACUUCAUGAAAAAUAAAACUUAUAAUGUUUUGGAUGCUUUAUUAUAAAGCGUGGGAUAAGAUUUUUCUGAAUUAACAACAAGAAGCGGCAUAAAUGGUGUGAAUUAGUUUCACAAUCCUUUAGAUUAAUUUGGAUUAACUAACAGCCUUUUAGUAGAUCCAUUAGGAUAAAACAACAGUGCUAAUUUUGAUAUAUUUAAUAGGUUCAAAGAUUCUACAAAUUUAUUGAAUUCUUCAAUUAUACAACAUGAAUAUUAAAGAUAAAUUAAGGAAAAGCUAGAAGAAUAAUAAAAAAUUAAUGAAGAAAAACAAUUAUAGGAAAAACUAAAGCAGGAAAAAUUAAUUGCAUAAAAAUAAAAUGGAUCAAACGAAGGAACUGAAUGCUAAAACGGUGAAAAUGAUAGCGAUAAUAUUAACGAUUCAGAAUAAAAAGCUAGAGAAGGAUGUCGUUGCAAGAAUUCAAAGUGUCUAAAACUUUAUUGUGAAUGCUUCGCAAAAGGAGCUUACUGUCGUGAUAUUUGUAAAUGUUUGUAGUGCAGCAAUACAGAAGAAUGUGAAAAUGAAAUAAAGGAAGCGAGAAAGGUGACUCUCACUCGUAAUCCAGACGCGUUCACUUCUAAACUUGAAGUGGUUGGAACUAUUGUCUAAGAUGAAGAUAUUGAAGCAAAUAGAGGUAUGUUAGGUUACAAAAAAGGCUGCAAGUGUAAAAGAACCUAUUGCAAAAAGAAAUAUUGUGAAUGUUACAAUGCUGGAGUAAAAUGUUCAUAUUUGUGUAUAUGUGAAAAUUGUCACAACUAAGAAGAUGACCCUAGUAAAGAAAAAGAUAAUGCCGCCGAAUAAUAAGUCCAUAAAAACCCAAACCACGCUGGAGGAGUAGCAAAUACUAACUAAGCUUGCACUUCAAACAACAGUAAUAGUACAUAAGAUGGAAAAGUAACAUCUGACUAAUCUUUAGAAUAUAAUGUUUAGCAAUAUUCAACUGCUAAAAAGAAAAUAAAAACUAAUUAAUACGAUGAGCCAGACAACUACGAAAAUCAUCAAUUAAGCACAGAUGAAAAAAUAAACUUCCAGUUCACACCAAAUUUUUCUCAUAACAAUAAAACAAUAGAUCCAAGUAGUAUAUAGAUAAAAGGAAUUUAAUAUACAGAUUAUAACUAUAAUUCAUGA